AUGGGUGACAUUAGGGGCCGAGAUGCGUCUGAUACCGAGGUAUCACAUCACCCAGUGAUAGUUGUCGGCGCUGGUCCAGUCGGCCUGACAGUCGCGACAAACCUCGCGAAGCUAGGAGUCCGAGUGCUGAUUCUCGAACGCUCACAUCAAAUCGACCAGUCGCCCCGCGCAGCAAGCUAUCAACCAUGUGCACAAGCAGAACUACUAGAAACGGGGACCCUGGACGAUGUGAAAAAAGAGUCCAUCAUCAAUGAUGUCUUGAGCUUCUGGGUGGACGGGAAGAGGGUUGCGCAUGUGGAGAAGCGAGAAGGCGGGAGCAUUUUCCCGGCGGGCAUCAACUGCCCGCAGCCACAACUCGCCGCAAUAUUGCUCAGGCAUCUCACAACCAAAUAUGACAGUGAAGCGCGGUUCAAUCAAAAGGUGAUUGCCAUCGAACAGGCAGACAACGUUGAGUUUGUGGCGCUCACCGCAGUGGAUCCAACGACAGAGAAAGAAACCAAGUAUACCUGCGACUGGCUUGUAGGUGCAGACGGUGCCGGUUCAGGUGUCAGGAAGAUAUGCAACAUCCCGUUCGAGGGCUUUUCAUGGCCAAAGGAGGACUUUGUCGCGACAGAUCUAAGAUACGACUUUUUCCAGCACGGCUUUACGACUGCGAAUUUCAUCGUGGAUCCUGUGCAUUGGGCGGUCGUAACCAUACUUGAUAGAACUGGCUUGUGGCGUUGUGCCUUUGGAGUGAGAGCCGGCUUGACUAAUGAUGAGAUCCGGGAGGAGCUCGAUGAACAUUAUAAGCACAUAUUCCCAGUCUGGCCCAUCGACUAUGAACUGGUGAAAUUGAACAAGUAUAAGCCCCAUCAGAGGUGUGCCAGAACGUUUCGAUUGGGGAGAGUCCUCCUGGCGGGAGACGCGGCGCAUAGCAACAACCCUAUCGGAGGCCUGGGCUUGACAACUGGCCUGCUAGACGCCGGGCCACUCGGGAGAGCAUUAGGAGCCGUCAUUCAAGGCAAAGCUCCCGAGACACUUCUCGACAUGUGGGCCAAGUCACGGCGUGAAAAAUGGCUCAGUUUCACCAAUGGCUUCUCCAUCGAAAACAAGAGAAUGAUCCAACGUGGCGGUUAUAGCAAUGACCAAGAUCCGUUGAAGAUCUGGGUCACUGACGAUGUUGCGAAGGAAAAUAACAUGGACGAAUGGUUGGCCGCGGCCACUGAGGAGAAACGGGAAGCAGACCUCAAAUUCUACAAGAGCCUGGAAGAUCCCCAAGCACAGCUGAUGAGUCGCAUGAAGCAGUGGGAUAUCACUAUGGACCCAAUGUGGAUGGCAGAAUACGAGGAUCCAGAGCUGAUCAAGUUCAGAAUGUCGCUGCGACCGCCGAAUCUGGCGGCUGCAGUUAUAUGA